CAUCAUGAGUUUCUCAAAAGGACCAUGUGAAUGCACGCUCUGUAUGACCGCAGCGGGGAACGACAGCUGGUUCUCUGAGCGCUAUAAACCGUCCGUUGAACCGCUACUAAGUAGGAAAAACAGUGCAAUCACUGACGACGUCUACCGGUGGUGGCAGAGCUUGCAGCAUGAAAGAAAUCCUGCCAAUUACACCGUGGUCGUAAAGCAACUGUUGAAACUCUUCCCGGAUAACAAGAGAUACAUUCGCCCGAGGCUGGACCGCUGCCGGACCUGCGCGGUUGUUGGGAAUUCUGGGAAUCUGCUUGGCUCUCAUUACGGUCGCCUCAUAGACUUGCAUGAUUUUGUCUUAAGGAUGAACCGAGCGCCCACUAAGGGCUUUGAGGAAGACGUUGGAGCCAAAACCACACAUCGCAUCAUCUAUCCUGAGAGCGCUAUGGAUAUGGAGAACUCCACGCAUCUGGUGCUCGCCCCCUUUAAAACUUUAGACCUCCAGUGGCUGAUCAGUGCCUUUACCACCAAAAACAUCACACGCACAUACACUGGAGUCAGGGCCUCCAUACAGGCUGAUAAGAGCAAGGUGAUGGUACUAAGCCCCGUUUUCAUAAAGUAUGUUUAUGAGAGCUGGCUGCAGAAACACGGCAGAUACCCCUCUACUGGAUUCCUCACACUGGUCUUCGCCCUACACGUCUGUGACGAGGUGAACGUAUAUGGGUUUGGAGCAGACAGGAACGGAAAGUGGCAUCACUAUUUUGAGAAAAUGGUUGUGAAUUACAACCACACGCCGCAUGGUGGAAAUUACGAGUAUGAGACAGUCGUGCAACUCUCCAAGAAAAACAAAAUUCAGAUGUUCAAAGGAUUUUAAUGGCUCGAAGCUUAGAGCUCCAUUUUUAAAUUAUUCUCUUUCCUGAAGAAGAGAUUGCGAGUAUAAAAGAGACUGUAUAAAAUGGGGGAAUGUCUUCAGCAGGGCCAAUACAGCAAAACUACAGUUGCUGUUUUUUUUGUUUUGGU